AUGUGCCUGUUCUUGAAUCUGGAUAAAGGCGUGACUCUUGCCUCGAAGAACCUACGGCGAAAAUCCCGGCAUUUCCUGGUGUCGGUAGACAGGGCUUUUGACGAGGUACUGGCUGGAUGUGUGAGGCGCCACGGUGAAAAUUGGCUGUGGAAGUCCGUGCGGCAGGUGCGACCACUGCGGUUAUUUCUGUCUCUGUGCCUUUGCAAUUGCCAAAGUGUCUCAGAGCUCUGCACCGGCGAACUUUGCGCGAGGCUGCACUACGGCGUCAGCGCGAAGGCUUACCUGAAGGGUCUUCUCCUGAGGCUCCUGCCCCGAACCACCACGGCGUACAACAGACUGUGCAGCAAAGUGGUAGCGAAUUUCUUUGUCCUGAAGAUGUGCAGCUGCACAGUUUUGAAGUUUGGGUACCGAGAAGUCGGUGUAUCCAUCGGCAGGGUGUACACCAGCCUAACAGCCUUCACGGAUGCAGACUCAGCUGGCACUGCGCAACUUACUGCAACUCGACUGCUUUUGCGCAAAGCCGGGUAUGAGCUUCUGGAUUUAGGGAUGAAUCUGCCCUACAAAGCAACUCUGGGGGCGAAGCCGCUGCCCCGAGAGGUUUUUCUUAAAUUGUUUCGACGCCUUCGAGACCGAAACGCCACACCGCUUGACGCCACAAUGCAACAAUGCCACGAAUCAAUACAGGCCGCAGCCAAGCCACAAUAUGGAACCACCGAACAAUCGAAGGGCCAGUGGGUUGGGAGACAGGAUGGGACGUCGCGCACGGCCUCCAAGGACAUUAGAGGGGAACCCACACCACCAGCGGCGGAAAAUGUGCAGAGACUCCAUUUGCCUCCAGGAUGUGUUCGAUGUGUCGAUCUAUUUAGGCUGCUUGAGGGGUCAUAG